GCCUUCCUGUCCAGGCAACCACCGGCGGACUGGCCACCCGUCAGGGCCAAAGCAUGGAGGGUCCGCUCAGCGUGUGGACCAACGGCAUAACCGGCUGGCAUUACUGCUGGGUGAUCUUGGACGAGAGGAUGGGUAUGCUGUUCCGCUUCAAGUCUCACUCGCAGAGACGUCGCCGGCUGGGAUUCCUGGCAAGGUUCAGCGGCAUCAGCUUGCUGGGUGCCAUAGUAACAAAGGAUCCCGAAGAAAAGUGCGGCUUCUCCAUCAUCUCGGAAGGCAAAGAGUACCUCUUUCAAGCUUCCAGUAAGCGAGAACGCGACAUUUGGGUGGCCCAACUCGAGGAAGCUGUGCUCCGCCAAAUGGUCGGCCGCCGAGCCUAUCACAUCUGGGACAGGCGUUACAUAGGUCCCACACUGGCGCUGGUCAGCGCCAAAUUGCAGGACGCUGGUCUGUUGUACGAGCAGCUGGCCUGUGGUAUUCGGGAAUUGGAAACCUCGUGGAACACGGAUGAUUCCGGCCAGAGGGCGCGACGGUCGGUUCUUCUGCGAGAGCUGCUGGCGUUCCUGUCGACCGCCCGGGCAGCCAUGACACUACUUGAACAGCUCAAGGAAAUGAUCCUGCCUGACUUGGUGGCCCAGCUGAACACACUGCCACCGCGGAAAAAGGCCGCCACAAUGCUCAGUCUACUGAGAUCACAAGCCGUAGCGUGCCCAGCUAGCUAG